AUUAGAUGAAAAAGGCAAAAAGAUUUCGUAUUGGAUUCAAGCAACCACUAAAAAGUCAACACGUGGUAAAGCCCACAUUCUCAGAAAUUGUCCUCCGUAUUUUAAAGUGGCGGCCCAAAAUUUCGUGCUUUUAUCUUCCGAUCUCAAGAACAACCCCCCAAAAACACAUCUCCAAAGACCAAAACCAUCCUUGAAGCGCCUCAAAGAAUUUAGACCAGAUCUUCAUGAAUUCAAGAAACAGCAUUGCAUCCAUCGUUUCCUGUAAAUCGGGAAACAAGAACAACUCCACUUACUCUACUUUGGUUUGCAUUCUCUCAAAUUUCUUUAAAAAUCCGAUUGUUUACUUGAACUUCCUUCUAAUUAAAGCCAUUGGUAGAAGCCUUUCAUCAGCUCGAAUCUUAGUAUCUUUCCAUCCAUAGUCUGUAAUACUAAUACAAACAAAACACUCCUUUCUGUUUUCCAAUUUCCACAAUGGUUUCUUCUCAAUUAACUGCUUUAAUUGAAAACAAACCAUUCAAAUCCUCCAAGAACUAUUUCCAAUUCCCAAAAAACGCUCCCAAUGAAACAUCAGAUACUCUUGAAUUGGACUUUUCUGAUACAUUUGGUCCUCUCCCACUGCCAGCUGGCAAUUCUGAAAUUCCAAGUGAUGACCCUGUGGUCAUUUACAGCCGUUCACAUUCUUUAGUGGGCCCCACGCCAUGUGUAAGCCACUUGCUAAAUCUAAGGAAGUUAACCAUAUGUGAAACGGAUGAAUCAUUGGAGGAUUUCAGUGAUGUGAUAGAUAAAGAGAUUGAAGAAGAAGAAGAAGAAAAUGGUUGUAAGGUGAAAACCAUAGGGCUUGAAGAUUUUGAAGUCAUGAAAGUUGUGGGGCAAGGGGCUUUUGGUAAAGUGUAUCAAGUGAGAAAGAGAGAUAGUUUGGAAAUAUAUGCAAUGAAAGUUGUGAGAAAAGAUAAGAUUGUGGAGAAAAAUCAUGCUGAGUAUAUGAAAGCAGAGAGAGAUAUCUUGACAAAGAUUGAUCAUCCCUUUAUUGUCCAGCUUCGUUACUCUUUCCAGACAAAAUAUCGACUUUACCUCGUUUUGGACUUUGUGAAUGGUGGACAUCUUUUUUUCCAGCUAUAUCACCAUGGACUGUUUCGAGAGGAUUUGGCUCGUAUUUAUGCUGCAGAGAUUGUUUCAGCUGUUUCUCACCUUCAUGCAAAUGGGAUAAUGCAUAGGGAUCUUAAGCCUGAAAAUAUACUACUUGAUGUGGAUGGACAUGCUUUGCUUACGGAUUUUGGGCUAGCAAAAGAGUUUGAUGAAAAUGCAAGAUCAAAUUCUUUAUGUGGAACAGUAGAAUACAUGUCACCUGAAAUUAUUCUUGGGAAAGGCCAUGACAAGGCUGCUGAUUGGUGGAGUGUUGGAAUCUUGUUGUUUGAGAUGCUCACAGGACAGCCACCGUUUCAUGGAGGAAACAGGGACAAAGUACAGAAAAAGAUAGUGAAAGACAAGAUGAAGCUCCCUGCAUUUUUGUCAAGUGAAGCACAUGCCCUUUUGAAAGGGUUGUUACAAAAGGAUCCAAGCAAGAGGCUAGGCAAUGGGGUAACAGGAAGUGAUGAAAUAAAGAAUCACAAAUGGUUCAAACCAAUAAACUGGAAGAAACUGGAUGCACGUGAAAUCCAGCCGAGUUUUCGUCCGGAAGUUUCUGGAAAUCAAUGCAUUGCUAACUUUGAUAAACGUUGGACGGAUAUGCCCCUACUGGAUUCACCUGCAUCCAGCCCAAAUGGCUCAUCUGACCUCUUUCAGGGGUUUACUUAUGUCAAGCCUGCAGCCUCUUUUCUUCACAGACAAAGCCCAGCAUGCUAAUGGUACUCUACUUAUUUGUUCUAAAAAACUUGUAUUUCUGAUUUCAAUUUUAGUGUGUUUUAUUACAAUUUUAUUUGUGAUAUGCUUAAAAUAGUUUAUUGCGACUUAUAAUUAUAUAUAUAUAAGUCCAUAAAUUAAAGUUUGUUUUAA